AGUCAGGAUCUCAAACCAGCUGGACCCUAAAUUUAUUUUAUAGGGUCCCGUAUCCUUCUCUUCUCUUUUACAACCCUCGUAUAGGCCCGUCUCAUUUGGCGAAAUUGAACCUACUAUCUCUUUCCCGUCUGCGAUCUGUAUGUCCUGCGACAGAGAAAAAGAGUCAAAUCUCUUUCUCGUUUCUUCUCAGACUAUAGUUCUGCACUGAGCAGUUGAAAUUCUGCAGCAGAAGCAACGGGGUUUUUUUUUUGGUGGAUUUUACUAUGAAGAAAAGUGAGCGUGUUGCUAACAUUGCUCUAGCAGCUGGACUAGUUGUCAUCUUUCUUGCAAGAGAUAUGCCACCUGGUGGCACAGUAACACUUCUGAUUCUAUGUUUAAGUUUGGCACCAUUGGUUGUAAAUGUAAAUCCAAAUUUAAAUGUCAUCUUGACUGCUUGCCUCACAGUAUAUGUGGGUUGCUACCGCUCAGUCAAGCCAACUCCACCUUCAGAGACAAUGUCUAAUGAACAUGCUAUGCGCUUCCCUUUGGUUGGGAGUGCAAUGCUGUUAUCGCUGUUCUUGCUUUUUAAGUUUUUGUCAAAAGACUUGGUUAAUGCUGUUCUGACGUGCUACUUCUUUGUACUUGGGAUUGUCGCUCUUUCGGCGACACUGUUACCUGCAAUCAGUCGUUUUUUGCCUAAGCAUUGGAAUGAGGACCUAAUAAUCUGGCGUUUCCCAUAUUUCCGUUCUUUGGAGGUUGAGUUCACAAGGUCUCAGAUUGUUGCAGCUAUCCCUGGAACCUUUUUCUGUGCGUGGUAUGCUUCACAGAAGCAUUGGCUGGCUAACAAUAUAUUGGGCCUUGCAUUUUGCGUUCAGGGAAUUGAAAUGCUGUCGCUUGGAUCAUUUAAGACUGGUGCCAUCCUACUGGCUGGGCUUUUUGUCUAUGAUAUUUUCUGGGUUUUCUUUACCCCAGUGAUGGUUAGUGUUGCAAAAUCUUUCGAUGCUCCUAUAAAGCUUUUAUUCCCAACAGGAGAUUCUGCACGUCCAUUUUCGAUGCUUGGACUUGGAGACAUAGUAAUUCCAGGCAUUUUUGUAGCAUUGGCAUUGCGUUUCGAUGUGUCUAGGAGGAAAGAGAGCCAGUAUUUCAAGAGUGCUUUUCUGGGAUAUACUGCUGGUUUGGUCCUUACUAUUAUUGUCAUGAAUUGGUUUCAAGCUGCACAGCCUGCACUACUAUAUAUAGUACCAGCUGUUAUUGGGUUUUUGGCAGCUCAUUGCAUAUGGAAUGGUGAUGUCAAACAGUUGUUGGAAUUUGAUGAGUCCAAGACUGCAUCCGAAGAUUGCGUUGAUAAAUCCGUUGAUAAAUCGAGCAAGAAAGUGGAGUGAGUGAGGUGAAGUGCUGUUACAAAGGAAAACCAUUGCUACUUGGUUAAAAAAUACAGUUAUUUCAGUCAGGAACCGAAAAUGCCUUAAAAAGUUCAUUCAUUUUCUAGCUUGUGCGACUGCACUAACGAGGUUGUAACAGAGUGAGGUUGUAACAGAGUUUUGAAUUAAGAGUUUAAUAAAAAACAGAUGACCAGUUCAGAUUUUUAUGUU